AACUUGGAGUCCCCCGUCUCCAUCAGAGAGAGAAGAGAAGAGAAGAGAGGAGUGUAAAUCAGACGGAAAAUCUUAAAGCAAACAGUGAAAGAGGAAAGCGCGAUAACGUUCGAACGCAGGAAUAGGUUUCAUCAUCAUUUUGUUUUUCAUCAUCUUCGUGAUAAAAAGCUAAAGCAGGAUUUACUUCUCUCACCUCAUAUACAUACAACUGGCUGUGUGUGUGUGUAUGCAUGUGUGCAGAACGGGCAAAUGGAUAAAGCUAGAAAGAAAAGGGGAAAGAACACUUGAGAAUCUUAACUCCCAAAUGUCUUUUGCUUGUCUUCCUUUUUAAGAGAACACUUCCCAUGGCUGAAGAUCUUUGUUUCUUCUCGAAGGAUGCAUUGAUCAUAAAGCCUCCAAAGAAAUCUCCACUGUUAUUGAGAAUGGUGGUCUUAUCUGUUGCAAUGCUAUGUGGAGUCUAUAUAUGCUCAAUCUGUCUUAAGCAAAUUGGUAGCCACACCAAUAGACAAGUAAUAAAGAUUCCUGCUAUUGGUGGGGAGAAUGUAUGUGAACCACCUCAUAUUGAACCUUCAGAGAGACCUUAUGUGCACUUUCCCAAGCCAAAGACUUUUAGCCGUGCUGAGUGUGCUUGCAAUCCAGUACGGUAUUUUGCAAUUUUGUCGACACAGAGGUCUGGUAGUGGAUGGUUCGAGACACUGUUAAACAAUCACACGAAUAUCAGCUCCAAUGGGGAGAUUUUUUCUGUCAAAGUCCGGAGGAGUAACAUAUCAACUAUUGUGGACACUUUGGACAACAUCUAUAAUCUAGACUGGUUUACUAGUGCUUCCAAGAAUGAGUGUACAGCUGCAGUUGGGCUGAAAUGGAUGCUUAAUCAGGGUCUACUUCAAAAUCAUGAGGAAAUUGUUGAAUACUUUAAAAGGAAAGGAGUUUCCACAAUUUUUCUCUUCAGAAGAAAUCUUUUGCGUAGAAUGGUUUCAAUACUUGCAAACUCCUAUGAUCAAAAUGCAAAGCCACUAAAUGGAACUCACAAAUCUCACGUGCAUUCUCCUCUAGAGGCUGAAAUACUUGCUAGAUACAAACCAGUGAUAAACACAACACUGCUGAUUCCAAUCCUAAGGCAAGCGGAGGAGUUGGUGACGAAAGGCUUGGAGUCCUUCAAAAGUACUAGGCAUAUCAUCCUUUACUACGAGGACAUAAUACAAAACCGAACUAAACUCAUUGAUGUUCAAGAUUUCCUUACAGUCCCACAUAGAGAGUUACAUAGUCGACAGAUUAAGAUACACAAAGGGCCUUUGUCUUCACAGGUUGAGAAUUGGGGUGAUAUCGAAAAGACCCUCAAGGGAACACCAUUUGAGAGCUUCCUACGAGCGGAUCAAGAAAUGUAGAUGUGCAGUGCCUGUCUGUGUAUAUAUAACACGACGUUCUGUUGAUUAAUCAUUCUUUUUCUCCCAUUACCAGAAAGCUAACAAGGUAAUUCUUGUUGAGUAGAUUUUCAGUUAUGGCAUGUUGCCUUCAAGUUCUUCCUGACAAACUGAUCAAUUUUGUUGUAAUUUUUAUUGUUGGAUAGUUGAGUUGUAGCUGAUUAUUUAUGCUAGUAUGCUACUUCUGCAACUUCUCAGAUUACUUUUAGUGAAGUUUUUUAUUUAUAAGGGUAGGUUUCAUCGUUUAUUUGUUUCAUUUUCAUGGUAUGUACAUAGCCCACGUAUUGUUUCCUAGUGCGGCUGUUUUGUACUUUUGUUGGAGACUUGUUUCCUUUGUUUCAUGAAAGGGCCCAAAUAAAAUAUAAAUUUGAAGAA